UACUACACUCACUAACACUUGUCAUUUAGUAUUUUGAAAAAAUUACGUUUUUUCUGAGCGUAUAGUAUUGCGGCAGCUCUUGUGUAGACCGAAUCGUUUAUAAUUAAAUAAAAGUGUGACACGAGUUUUCAAUAUAAAAGCGUUCAAAUACAACAAAAAAAACAACAACAAUAAUAAAAAAAAUCAAAACUAAUAUUUGCUUUAAAUAUUAAAGUUAAAAAAACCAUAAAGAAAAACUAGUGUAUUAUUAAUAAUACCAAACUAUUUGCAAAAACCCUAUAAAAAAACUUAUAGUAUCUAAUAGAUACUUAAUAAAUAUAUAAAUAUAUAUAUAUAUAUAGAAAAAGCCACAGUGUUUAUAAAUAAAUAUAACAACAAUUAAACACGUUAUUUUACGUAUUAAAAUAAAUUUUUAUAUAUAAAAAAACAAAAACAAAAUUUCAAAAAAAAUUACAUAUUUAACAGAAAAAUCAUUUGUGAAAAAAACAACCUAUAAGAUACAAAAUACAACGACUUGUUAUCUACAAAAUAUAAACAACAACAAUAACAAAAAUAAAAACAAAAAUCUCUAAAGAAAUUUCUGUUUCUUGCAUCCACAACAACAACAAAAAUAAAGUACUUUUUCUAUUCAUGAUCAUAAAAGAUGAUUGAUUUAGAAGAUUUACCACGACUAGAAUCCCUAUCGCCCCUUAGGGACAUUGAAGAUGAUUAUCCCCCGGGAAUGACCAUCAUACCAACGACGAAUAUGAAUGAGACAUUGAAUAAUGGUAAUUUGAAUAUGACAGCGAUUGCUAACAACAUUAGUUGCAAGACUAAUGAUAAUUUGAUUAGCAACAGUGGCUGUUUAAUGACAACCGGUAAUGAUUCUACGGAUCGUAUGCUUAUUGAAAAUGGAGGAGCAGGUUUACGUUUCAUAUCACAGAUUUUUAUAAAAAAAAUAUGUACAAAAUAGAACAAUUAUUACAAAAAUGUAUUAAUAUUAUUUAAAGGCCUUAAUAGCCAAAACGAUAUACAAUUAUGUGGUUUUAGUAAAUAGGAAAUAUUUAAAAUGAAAGAAGCAUGGAGCUUUUGUUCCAUUAUUUCUAAUUUCCUUUUCUCAUACUAGUGUGAACAUUCAAUUAAAAUAAAAUAGCAUUGUUUUA